AUGGAUCAGCCCCGUCAUAUUCAUGAUCUCGCUGAUGAGCUAUUGAGCGAGAUCUUGUCCUUCCUUCUCGAACCCACACCCCGAGCCCUAAACGGUAAAGUCAAUGGAAACGGACAGACAUCCAGGUCUCGCGGACAUGGCGAAACGUCUGACCUCGAUCGCUUUCGACUCGUUUGCAAGCGUUUCAUGCGCAUCGGCACCCCUCACAGGUUUAAUCGCUUCACGCUGCGAUUCUCUGAUCAUGGGUUCCGUCGACUAGACGAACUGGUCGACAUGCAUCUGGCUUGCUAUGUGAAGACCAUCACAUACAUGGUGCGGCCCUUUUAUCAAGGAAGCGGAUGGGCUCGGAUACUGCGCACCCUAGGACCGGAGAAUCAUGAGCUAUCCCAACUACACAGCCGCCGACUGCGUGAGCAAACAAAUCUCACCGAAACGAACAACGAUCAAUCCCGCCUCCGACGCGCAAUCGCAUCUUUCUCGGCCCUCCAAGAAAUAAAGCUCCUCAGACUCCAAGAUGAAGCAGACGAACGUCUGAUUGACCUCGUCCGCGACCACUCCCUGGGUAACGGCAAUGCACCAACCAUGCGCUUCGACUGGGAAACCGCCUGCUCACGAGCCAUAACAAACCUGAGUAUCGCCCUGCUCGCCUCAAAAUGCAGCUCAAUCCGCUUCACAGGGCCACAAAUCAGCCCCGAGGCAACCCUGCAGCUCCUUCGUGCCCCGUCAGCAACCCUCGCCGACAUGGGCGCGCGCCUCACGAGCCUGGACAUCAACUUCCACUCAACAGCAGACAUUACCACAACAAUGAGAGACCUCACGGAAGUCUUCCAUCACUUCUUCUUAGCCGCCAAAAACCUCAUCGCGAUCCACAUCGGCUUCCUCAGCAAAACACCUCUCGACCUCGAUCUCGAGCAGCUCUUCCACCACAUCCGCUGGAAAACACUUCGCAAACUCAGCAUCCAAGGCUGGCGUCUGAGCGCAGACGAAAUCAUGGCCCUGGCCCGCCGCCAUAGCUCCCAAUUACGCGAUUUCCGCUUGCUCGGCGUCUACCUUCGUCCAGGCGGAAUGUGGCGCGAUGUCCUUGCUGUCCUGCAUGAUGAAAUGGAGCAGCUAGAACGGCUGGUCUUGAGAGAUAUUGACUAUGCAGCUCAUUUUGAUUCCAUCGCUGUCUCGAAUGGUGUCGAGGUCUUCGACGAUUAUCCUAUUGUCUCCGCGCCGUCCUCGCUCACUGUUGCGGCUGGUACAUCAGGUGUGCAGUCUCCUGUUACCAUGCUUGUGCCAGAUGGCCCACCUGCCUGGAUUGGAGGAAGGCAAUUCCCCUUGAAGAGGACCUCGCUUGAGAGGUUGCGCACAUUGUCCAGUGAGGAAUUGGGGGAUGACGGUGUGCAUGUCUCGCGCGAGCAAAUGCCUUUUUGGGAGGCGUGGGUUCUUUCUGCUCCGCAUCGGACUAAGAGGAAUGGUCGGUCACAUUGGAAUAUUUGA